AAAUCGCCAUGGGAGUGUGAGAGCGCGAAAUUUCAAGCAAAAUCAAAUCUUUAAAAUACUCGUAACAAGAGAAAAAUAAGGUGUCGAUCUCGGAGUAGGAGAUUUGGAUUCUCAGUCUCGCCGCAUUGAGAUUCGUCCCCGUUUCUUUUGCUGGUAGGAUCCGCAACUUCUGUGAAUUUGAAAUGCGAUGAAUGCUUCCUUCACUUAGACUUGGUUGUGCGCUUCUCCUCUUCCUUUCCUUGUACCCUACCCCUUUCCUCGUCGCUCGCUCGCUCGUCGUUGAACUGGUACGUAGCGCCUUAUUCGUUUCUGCUUCCAUUGUCUCGCUUGCACCACCCAAGAAGAUCAAUAUGGUGUCUUCACAGGCAAAGGUUCACCGUAGCCUUAAGUGCACCAAGUCCUUGUCCAAAUGCUGUGAAAAUCGCUCUUAGCCAAUCGACUAUGUUGCAAGACGUGAUUCUGGCUUCUGCAGAUUAGGUGCUUACUCUCCGUUUCUUGGUAGGAUGAAGAACCAGGCGUCCAUAAGAGGGAGAGGAUCCGGUAGGGCAACUACCCAACAGAUUAUCUUUGAGCUGAAGCAGAAGGUGGUUCUUGCCCUUAACAAGCUUGCAGAUAGAGAUACACAGCAAAUUGGAGUUGACGAAUUGGAAAAGGCCGCUGAGGGCUUAAAUCCGGACACUAUAGCCCCAUUUCUGUCUUGCAUACUGGACACUGAUUCUGAACAAAAAUGUGCUAUUAGAAGGGAAUGUAUACGGCUGAUGGGGACAUUGGUAAAAUCCCACGAGGGUCUCAUUGAGCCAUAUCUUGUUAAGAUGGUCUCUAGCAUUGUUAAACGGCUCAAGGACCCGGAUUCGGGUGUGAGGGAUGCUUGUGUGCAGACGAUGGGUGUUUUGGCUUCAUCAUUAACUAACCACCCAGGCGAGAGAGGUCAGACUUUUGUUACACUGGUGAGGCCGCUUUUUGAAUCCCUGGGCGAACAGAAUAAGCAGGUGCAGUCAGGUUCAGCCUUGUGUUUAGCAAGGAUCAUUGACAGUACCAGCGACCCUCCAGCAUUAAUUCUACAGCGCAUCUUGACUCGAACAACAAAGUUGCUCAGGAACCCCCAUUUCAUGGCCAAAGCAGCAGUCAUUGAGCUAAAUAGAAGUAUCAUUCAGGCAGGCGGUGCUGCAACAGUAAAUGGUUUGUCUGCUGCACUAACUAGUAUUCAAGAAGCAUUAAAAAGUGGUGAUUGGGCUACGCGUAAAGCUGCUUCCUUAGCAUUAGCAGAAAUUGCUUCGAGUGGUGGAUGUUUCUUGGGAACUUUUAAGGUGUCCUGCGUACGAUCCCUCGAAGCAUGUCGUUUUGAUAAGGUUAAACCAGUGAGAGACACAGUUUUGCAAGCACUACAUUGCUGGAGAAAUAUUCCUGGUCAGGAUCAUCCUGAACCAUCAGAGUGUGGAUCUUCUGUCAAAGAAAACAAUUAUGGCGGUGACUUCAGUGAUUUGACUAGUGCAAGUGAAUCUGGGCGGGCGGUCAUCUUAAAAAAUGUCGGUCAAGAUUCAGUGAAGAAGAGGAUUGGGUUGAGUGCUAGAAAAGCAUGUCAAAAUUUUGUAGAGAAGCAAGAACAUCCAAAACCAGAGGAAUGGAAUGUAGAAAUUGCGGUUCCCAGAAACACAAAGAUAUCUGUCGAACAUUGUGAGGAGCAAGAACCUGAUGGUAGUUUUUUUACCAAUGGAGCAGAGAGAAUAAGUGCCAACAUCACAAGCAUGCAAGAAGAUGUUUAUGAUUAUGGCAUCAUAGAUGACCAACAAGAGUGCUCUUCUGUUUCCAAUCUUGGUGCUGAUAGUCUCAAGACCAAGCUCAUGACUGUUUCUAAAGGCUGUAUUGAUGAGAGUUCUCCUGAUUUCCGUGGAACCAGUCAUCAGCGUGUUAUUGAAGAAGUUAGUAGCGAAGGACCCAUGUAUCCAUUUACAAUGCAGGAUCGCAGAAGUCUUGAUUCUACUGUGACAGAAUCCAGCUAUCCAGCCAUGUCUGGAUGUUGUCAGAAAGCAGCAAAUGAAAUGAUUUCCAUUCACAAGCAGCUUUCGGCGAUAGAGAAGCAACAGUCAAAUUUGUUGGAUCUCUUGCAGGUGUUCACAACCAGCACGAGUGAAAGCUUGUCUCUCAUAAAGUCAAAAGUGAUUGCUUUAGAGCUUGCUGUUGGUAGAAUUUCUCAGGACUUUAUUCAUGAAGACGGAUAUGAUAUUAUGGGGGUUUCCAAAUGUAUGAGAAAAGAUGAAAGUAUUGAUUCUCCAAGACUCUCUAUAUGUACCCCCCGGCCAUCAAUGGAUAUGCAGCAAAGACAACCUUCAAUUAUGACUCGGAAGAAGAGCGAAUUUGGGUAUAACAAUCCACUUGAUAGGAACUGGAGCAAAUCAGCAAAUUUAAAGCCAGAUGAGGAUAUGUGGAUGGCUUCCAGUACAAGGUUGUCCAGGAGUCAUUUAGGUAAGGAUUGUCAUAAAUUCUCAGAGCAGGGAGCACAAAGCAUUGUUAGCGUUCGGAGAAAAGGAUAUACAUGUGCAAAUGCUAGACAAAUUGGUCCCACUAAGAAUAGUGCGUGGAAGCAAAUCAGGGAUUUUCUUCGUGAAGGUGACCUCGAAUCUGCAUAUGCUGAAGCUCUGGUAUUAGGUGAUAAGCAUGUUCUGAAUGAGCUUGUCCAUGCAACUGGUCCUGUUCUGGAUAGUUUAUCGCAGAAAACUGCAAGUGACCUUCUUUGUACUUUGGCUUCACUCUUCAAGGAGCAAAGGUCUGUGGGCUCCAUGGUUCCAUGGUUGCAGCAGGUAGUGGAUUUGAGCACCAUCCAUGGGCCCAAUUACUUCAUUCUCUCUAUGAAAGCAAAGGACGAAGUCAUGUCUGCUACUCAUGAAGUUGUUAAAAUGGAGUUCUCUAGUAGUGCGGAAAGAAGAUCCGCUAAUCAAAUGGCUGUGAAAUUGCACUACUUAUUGGGUGGAUGAGUACAUAAACCAGAGAAAGGAGGUCAAAUAUUGAACUUGAUGCAUGAUAUUUGGAGUAGUGGAGUGCUAAAAAAAUUGGGCUUUAAACCUUUUCCAUGGAAUCCAAAUAAAAAAAUAACCUUUUCUAUGGAAUCAAUAAAGCUAGAAACUGGAAGAAAAGUUCUAGCUUGCAUAUCUUAGCUAUAGCAGUUAGAAUCUUCGUGUGUCAUUGUCCCCCAGUGGCAAUUGGCAAAUAAUGUAAAAGUUAUCCACUGAGACAGAUUUGGUAACAAUUCAGGUUCUUAGGUACAUUUGAUGUUCCAUUGACUAUUAUGUCAUGAUGCAACUAUCAAAGGCUGGCUGGUUUCUUAUAUGUGGCAUUUUGUUUUUUAUCCAGAAAAGGGGUUUGGAUGCAUCGAUUCUCUUUCCAUGUAUCAUAUUUCUUAUGAUUUUUCCUUAAUUAAAUUCCUUUAUUAGUUAGUGUUUGCAAUGAUUUGGUCAUUCCACAGGAACUUUGUAUAUAAAUUCAUUGAGUUUUAUGGGGCUAAAUAUUGUUUCGAAG